CGCGUGCGCGUGCGUUGUAGUAACGUACGGUCCCAAUAAUAUUACAAGCAGCGAUUCUACUCGGCCCGGUAUCUAACGUAGUCUUUUUAUUUAGUUUUACUUACGGUAGACCAGAGAACGAAGACAUGGCGUCGGAGAAGAAAUCCCGGACGGACAAGGUGAUCAUGGUGACGGGCGGGAGUGGUUUGGUUGGGAGAGCCAUCGAGAGGGUUUCUAAGGAAGAACAGAGACCAGAUGAAACCUGGAUCUUCCUCAGCUCAAAAGACGGUGAUCUCAAGUCAGAAGAAGAAACUGCUGCCCUCUUUGAGAAGUAUCAGCCAACCCACAUCAUUCAUUUAGCGGCCAUGGUCGGUGGCCUCUUCUAUAAUCUCAAACACAAUCUAGACUUCUGGAGGGUCAACAUCAAGAUCAACGACAACGUUUUGCAUAACUCUUACAAAAAUGGCGUCCAGAAGGUCGUAUCCUGCUUGUCGACAUGUAUCUUCCCAAACAAGACUACUUAUCCCAUCGAUGAAACCAUGAUCCACAACGGUCCCCCUCAUGAUUCCAACUUCGGUUAUUCCUAUGCCAAGCGUAGCAUUGACGUACAGAACAAAGCAUACCGUAGCCAGCAUGGCUGCAAGUUCACAUCGGUCAUUCCAACCAACGUCUUCGGUCAAUGGGAUAACUUCAACCUGGAAGACGGUCAUGUGAUCCCCGGACUCAUGCACAAGGUCUACACAGCAAAACGUGACGGCACACCCCUGACCAUCUGGGGGACAGGGAAACCUCUACGUCAGUUCAUCUACUCCUACGAUCUGGCUCGACUCUUCGUCUGGGUUCUACGAGAAUACGACGAGGUCGAGCCCAUCAUCCUCUCGGUCGGUGAGGAGGAUGAGGUAUCCAUCAAGGAGUGCGCAGAGCAUGUCGUCGAGGCUUUCGACUUCAAAGGGGAGGUGGUCUACGAUACAGAUAAAUCAGAUGGUCAAUUCAAGAAGACGGCCAGCAAUGCUAAACUCAAGAAAUACCGUCCAGACUUUGAGUUCACUCCUAUAAAGCAAGCUUUGAGGGAGACGGUAGAAUGGUUUGUAGCCAACUAUGACAUCGCCCGCAAGUAAGCGACCAACGGACUUAACACACACCAAGGCUACACUAGUGUAAGACUUCUCUUACAUGGUAGUAUUUAUUAGUACAUUCAGUGUGACUGCACAGUCUACAUCACUUUUAUAUAGAGACCUUUUACUUUCAUAAAACAUGGUUAUGGGAUACACACCUGUAUUUUUUUCAGUGCAAUUGCAUAAACUAUGUAGAUCUUUGCUUUAAUAUUGCUUUGUUUUUGUUCUUUGGAAAACACAAUUCUGAUAGCUUUUUUUAAAGCAAUUGCACAUCUGUGUAAAUAUUUGCUUUCAUAUAUUGUUUAACAUUGCCUUUGAGUGAUACACGUAGCUAUUACUGGUAGAUUUUUUGUUUGUUUAUAACAAAUUCAUUAAUAAUAAUAAUAAUAAUAAUAAUAAUAAUAAUAAUAAUAAUAAUAAUCUCUUUAGUCCAGUCCAAAUUUUAUUAAACUGAAACGAAAAUUCUUUUUGCCCAAUUGAUCAUGAGCCCGGCAGUUACUGAGCAGCGCCAGAUCGACGUUGCUCUAUCCCUUAUUGGCCUGUAUUCCGAGAUCAGCUUAAGACCGUUUGUAUCAAAUUUUAAUUAGUAUUCUUUUUGAUAAAGUAAAACUAUAUCAUGUUCAGAAACAGUUCAUAUAAAAUAUAAUUCAAUUUUGGUGUAAUAUUACUUUUUUACGUUUUUUACGAGAAAUAGUUAUGAAAUUAUUUUUGAAUGGCGAUGAUGACAGUCUUAGCUGCUUUAAGCAGUGUAUGAUACUUAUAUAUGAAACAUUGAAGUAUAUAUUUUGUUACAAGAGUGGAUUGAAAUCUAACAGUGAAGCCUAAUAUUGGACAGUAAAGAUAUGAUCAUGUUUGUGGGCAGUGUUCAUGAGUACAGCUCAUAAAGAGUGAUGAAAUAUUUAGAAACCUUGAUUUCUUUUAUAAACCGUCUUCCUUGAUUUCAGUUUAACUGAAUAUGUGUUGAUAAAAUGUAUGUGUGCUGAGCACAUGAUUUCAGUGCAUUCUAGAUUGACCAAAGUGAAAUGUAGAGAAUCAUGUAUUCUGUGAUCUCUUUGUAACAAACAUGUACAUCAUGUGUUCAAGUGCUCGUAUCUGGAAGUAAAUGCCAUUUCCAAUACACAACAUUCAUCAUUGUAUUGUCCGAGUUUAGGACAUUAAUGUGAGAAAGAAUCGUGUAUUACUAUUCAAAUAUCUCUCGGACUUCAAUCCAUUGUUUAUUAAUAUUAUUGUUCUAUUUUUUUAUAUUUUGCAUGUGUAAGUAGGGUCUCUUUCAAGGUUGUUGUUUUCAUGGUGAAUCUCUUGACAAGAUUAAAUAGUGGUGCUCUUAAUAUGAAUAUUUAUUAGUGAAUAAUAAUCAUGAAGAAGGAGGAGGAGGAGGAAGAGGAAGAAGAAGAGGAGGAGGAAGAGGAAGAAGAAGAAGAGGAGGAGGAAAGGAAGAGGAGACAAAAUGCAUAUUUAAUGCAUAUUUAAUGUUUAAAUGUAAAAUACCAGAGAACAGUCAAGCCUACUUAAACGACAACCUGUAAAGGAAGACAAAUAGUUUAUACAGACCUCAUUUUUUGUUUUUCUCGAGCAGAAAUUCUAAUUGAAACUUGUUAUAAAAGGAACAUGUCCAUAAAGACCACCUGCUUAUAAAGACAGCUUUUUUUUAUCUCCUUGAGUGGUCUUUAUAUACAGGUUUCACUGUAUUUGGACACCACCCCCAUGGGAAACAGACUUUAAUAAUGUAUUCAGACUGAAUUCUGAUAUGAAAUACACGACAUGUACAAAUGGCUGAAUCGUGAGAAUCUAGUAUUCAAAGUUUAUACUCCAAAUGAUUUUAUUAGUAACACCAUUAUAUUCUUUUGUAAUACUUCACCGUUUGUAACUAACUUAUGCUGUGUAGACAUAUACUUAAUAUACUUUGCACCUAGAUAUUACUAAUUUAUUUUCCCCUCUGAAUUUAAAACAUAUGAAGAUGUCAGUAUAAUGUUAGAAGUGGUAGGCAAGAAGAUUCAAAUGAUACUGAUGAUUUUCAUGAUUUUGAAUUAGGCCUAUUUUGAAUUGUUCCCUUGGAAUGAUGAAUUGUCAUGAUAUGUUAACUUUGAAUAGUAAAUGAAUCAUGAAUUUUGAAUUCAGGUUGUCAUGAAAUUGAAAUUCCUUGCAUGGAUGCUUUCAAAUUUACUUGAUCUAUCAAGUAGCAUUAAAUAUGACAUUUUCUUUCAAUGAA